AUGGCUGAUUUUUUACAUUGUAAAGUCAAUCUCAACUUGAAAGAUGGCUCGACGUCUACGGGAACAAUCACAUUUGUUGACAACAAUCAGAUCACGUUAAAAGAUGCAACAAAUACAAUUGAUCCCUCAAUCUCAUUCCCAUCAAUCACCAUUCCAAAUGCAAAAGUGGCGGAUUUGAAGAUAUUGCAGGUUCCGUCAACCUCCAAUGGCAAUGGCAAUGGCAAUAACAAUUCAAACUCCAAAAAGAGAUCGAAAGCUAAGAACUCUGAGUUGGUUGAUGAUGCCAUCUUGUUUGCUUCAAAACCAUCUAGAUCAACUACACCUAAACCUAAAAGCUCUGGAGAGAGUAGUCACGGUACUAAUGGCAAACCGGAAAAAUCGUUGGCACUCGAUGUUGACGAUGUAAAGAACAGCGAGUUUGAUUUCCAAGCCAAUUUGGCAAUGUUUGACAAAAAGUCAGUUUUUGAUAGCUUUAGAAAGAAUGACCACACACAACUUUCAGAUAGACUUGUUGGGCAAAACAAAAUAGAGAAUAUUGCUAAACCAAAGAAGGAAAAAUACGACAACAAUGAGAUGGUUUUGGAUUCACAACCAAAGGACAAUUGGGACUCUAUUGGUAAAUCGAUCGACAGACAAAAAACUGAAACUCCUACCGACUCUGUAAAAAAUCAUGGUGCACAACGCCAACUUAGUCAAGAAAGAAUCAAGAUGAAAAAUUUUGCCCUUGUGAAUGCAGGUGACUUGAAACCUAUGCAAACUGCGUCGCCCGUACAGCUCUUGGAAAUUGAGAGGUUGGCCGAGGAUGUUUUCGGUGUAAGCCCAACAAUGAUGACAGAAGCAUGUGCCACAAAUUUGAGCAAGCUCAUAAUUGACACGUGUUUGGGCGGUUCUAUUAGGCUAAGUAACAAAAGCAAUCACAACCUACCGCCUUUGGUGCUUUUGUUGAUUGGAAGUGGACGCUGCGGCAGUAGGGCGUUUGCCACUGGGCGCCAUCUAAACAACCACGGUGUUAGAGUAUUGGCGUUUGUUAUUUCUUCUGACGAUUCAGAUAAAGAGCUCCACCAGCAAUGGCAAAGUUUCGAAGCGGCAGGGGGUAAAGUUAUAUCGUCGAAUUUCGAUGAGUUGGUGGAUAUUAUACAAAAUCAGUUGAACACCCCGGUGGAGCUAAUAAUUGAUGCAUUGCAAGGGUAUGAUGACCACUUGGAAGAUAUUUUUUACGAACUUGAAAACCAAAAAACAUUGCAAAAAGUCAUUAAUUGGUGUAGUAAUCCACAACAACAACAAAAGAUCAUGUCGCUCGAUCUUCCAUCUGGGAUCGAUGGUGGUUCGGGAACGCUUUCUGAUGAGAAUACCAAGAUUGAAUGUCGAUGGUGUAUUUCCAUGGGCUUACCAUUGAGCGGUAUAAUCUUGGCAUACAAGAACGGUGUUAUGGAGCAUCAAGAUGUUGGGGGACACCAUGAAAUCCUGCAUUAUUUGGUAGACGUAGGGAUCCCCAAUAAAGUUUACCUGAUGAAACCUAAUUUGCGGAAGUUUGAUAAAUUUUGGUACUGUGCAGAAACCUGUAUCAAACUAGAUGUAGCGGUAUGA